CCCUGCCGUCUGCUUGCCUUUCCCCGCACGGCCUGGUUGAGGUGCAGCUUCGAAGCGUGUGCGUGCAGGACGACAUCCAUUGCCACUUCGUGUAGACCUGCCCUUCCUCUUGCUCCUUUACCUCCUCACCCUUGGUCACCUCUAAUCGCACGCUUCGCACAUACACACUCCCUACUUAGCGAUCCUCCUCCCUCCCUAUCAUCUAACCUCACAUCUUUCCUCUCGCAGCCAAGAUGGCCAACAUCCCCGUCAUCCGCCAGGCGAGCGACCUCUUCAACGAGGAGCAGACCAAGGUGCUGCGCGCCAUCACCUCGGCCAUCGUCCCCAGUCUCUCUGGCCCUGAAGCCGCGGACCUCGUCGCCUCUCUCCCCGUAACCGCCUCUGAGCAGCAACGUGAGCUCGUCCACCAAUUCGCAGCACAUGGUUUUGGGGACAAUCCAGCGCUCGUUGACAAAUUCUGCCGUCAAAUGGGCUCCUCGCUGAGCGCAAAGACACGCGGCGACCUCUCGCUCCUCUUUACCCUGCUCUCCACCCGUUUGGGCUGUCUCGCCCUCACGGGGUCGUUUGGCCCCUUCUACGAGCUCGACGACAAGCGACGAAUGGACGCCAUCCAGAGCUGGGCCAACUCUCCCAUUGGACUGCUCCAAAAGGCUGCCUCCGGUCUCAAGGGACUGUCGUUGAUGAUCUUCUAUCGCGCCGACCCUCUCGCGUGGAAGGCUGUAGGCUACACGGAUGGUGCCAACACCGACUGGCGUGAGGCGGCUCGAGAGGAUGAGGAGGCACAGCAGCACUACAACUACACAUUCGAGAACGAUCGCAUUUCCCGCCUGCCCCCGGAGGCGGACAUUGUCGUCGACACGGAAGUCCUGGUCAUCGGGUCAGGCGCGGGCGGAGGAGUCGCUGCUUCUUACCUCUCUCAACGAGGCCUCAAGUGCUUGGUGGUGGACAAGGGCAUCUACCUCCGUCCCGAGGAUAUGCGCGGCAGUGAGGAUGAGGGGUACACCUCCCUCUACGAGGCCGAAGGGAUCAUGCCCUCCGAGGACGGCAGCGUCAACGUUCUCGCUGGCUCGACGUUCGGCGGCGGCACCACGGUCAAUUGGUCUGCCUCGCUCAAGCCUCGCCAUUUUGUCCGCCGAACCUGGAAUGAAAAGUACGGUGUGCCCUACUACACCACGCCGAGCUUCACCGACGACCUCAACUCGGUGUGCAACCGCAUGGGCGUAGCCAUCAAGCCGAUCAAGCACAACGUCUCGAAUUCUCUCCUCGCUCUGGGCGCUCAGCGUGCAGGUCACCCCGUCGAGGCUGUGCCUCAGAACUCUGGCGGGCACACGCACGCCUGCGGCAAGUGCCAAUUCGGCUGCGUCAAUGGACAGAAGCAGGGUGGCGUCGUGACCUGGCUCAAGGACUGCGCCGAAAAUGGCGGCGCUUUUAUGACCAACACGUACGUGGAGCGCAUCCUCUUCGACCCGCAGAACAAGCGCAAAGCCGUCGGCGCCCUUGCGGUGGUAGAUGGUCGCAAGAUCACCAUCCGCGCCUCCAAGGCAGUAGUCGUCUCCGCGGGCUCCAUCCAGACCCCGGCUCUCCUGCUGCGCACCCCUGAGCUCAAGUACAACAAGAUGAUCGGCAAAACGCUUCACCUUCACCCGACUACUAUCGUGACUGGGUACUACGACUACCCAAUUCGCCCGUGGGAGGGGAGCUUGCUUACCAUUGUGGACAAUGCGGCGGAGAUGGUUGACCCGGCUGGCUGGGGUGCCAAGAUUGAAAUCAUUGCCUCCAGCCCGGGCAUUGCAGCCGCUUUCGCCAACUUCGAGUCGUCGCUGCAGCACAAGAAGAACAUGCUCCGCUACUCGCACUCCUACACAAUGAUCGUUCUCACCCGCGACCGCGACCCAGGGUCCAUCGUCCUCGACUCGGACGGCAACGCACGCAUUGAGUACUCGAUCAGCAAGCACGAGCAGGAGUCCGCCCGCGUGGGUAUCCUGCGAGCAUGCGACGUCCACAUGAUGGCCGGCGCCUCCAAGAUCGCCACCGCCCAGGUAGGUGUCCCGCCCUUUGAGCCCCGCCUCAAGGCUGCUGGGCCCACGCAGGCGGGCACCAGCGGCUCAAGGGCACAGCCGGAGAGCACGACGAUCCCUUCCACCUCUGUGCCCGUGGAGAGCGUGCCCAACGACCUCAACGACCCGGCGUACAUCGAGUGGCAAGCCAAGGUAUCCGCCGUCGGCGGCAAGCCCUACAAGACUGCCUUCGGUUCGGCGCAUCAGAUGGCAUCCUGCCGUAUGUCUGGCUCCCCCUCGCUGGGCGCUUGCGACCCGCAGGGACGUGUUUGGGGAGCGAAGAACCUGUGGAUCGCAGACGCGAGCUCGUUGCCUGAGUCGAGUGGUGUGAACCCGAUGAUCACCACAAUGGCCACCGCUUGGGGCAUAUCGAGGAAUGUGGCCGAUGAGCUGGGCGCCAAGUUCGGCGGAGACGUGCCUGCUAGGAGGGCGGCGGAGGAGGUUGGGCAGGGCGCGCGUCUGUAGACGCGUGUCACUCUUGUAUCUACCUUGCCUCUGGACUCGUUGCGCUGCUUGUUUACCAAUGGAUACGUUUGCUUCGUC